GGAAGUGGCAACACGUCAACAACAGAGUCUGCUCGAGAAAAAGAGGGUCGAAAAAACUGCCUGGGUAUUGUUUUGCGUGUGGAGCAACUUAGCUGGAAGUAUCUUCGAGGUCUUGUAUGGGAAACUUCUGAGACAGUUACAAGAAAUGGCUCAAUUACAUGAAGGCUCUUCAGCUGGCAACACCAUGGAAACUUCAAACUUUGCACAUGUUAUCUUUCAAAAUGUAGCUAAAAGCUAUCUUCCACAUGCUGCAUUAGAAUGUCACUAUACUCUUACUCAGCAUAUCAAGCCUCAUCAAAAAGACUGGGUUGGCAUUUUUAAGGUUGGCUGGAGUACUGCACGGGAUUACUAUACAUUUUUAUGGUCUCCUGUCCCAGAGAAUUACACUGAAGGCACGUCAGUUAAUCGUGUAGUUGUAUUUCAAGGUUACUAUGUUCCAAAUGAUGAUGGGGAAUUUUAUCAGUUCUGUUAUGUCACUCAUAAAGGGGAAAUCCGGGGAGCUAGUACCCCAUUCCAGUUUCGUGCAUCCUCUCCAACUGAUGAUCUGCUUACUGUUGAAGAUGACAAUAAUUCUGAUAUCCUUGUAGUGACCACCAAAGCUGGAUUCUUAGAGCAAAAAAUUGUUGAAGUUAUAAAAGAAAAAGAUGAGCUGCAAAAAGAAAUAACUUCCUUAGGGACAGAAAAGGAUCAACUACUUCAGCAGACACAGAAGUUAGAGAAAGAAAUAUCACAGGAAAAAGAGACAUGCAUCCAGAUUAGAAGGGAAUACGAGGAACUUGUUCAAGAUACACAAACUCUCAAAAAGGAAAAUGAACAAAUUAGACAGAAAUAUCAGGAAUCUUUUUCCAAAGUUCUCCAACUGGAAGAGGACCUUAUCGAAGUGACGCAGAAGGGAAUUGGGAGGGAGACCGAACUGGACAGCCUCCGUGAUUGCCUGAAGAAGUUAUCAGCAGAAAAAGAGCACCUAGCAUCACAAAUAAAAAAUGAAAAGGAUGAAAAAGAAUUGUAUAUGAUUCAUUUAAAAAAUACAGAGUUGGAAAACACUAAGUUGGCUGCAGAGGUCCAGAUUUUAAAAUCCACUAGUGUGAACAAAGAUAACCAGAUAGCUCAAUUGAAAGAAGAGGUCUAUGGGAUUAAACAAUGUAUGGCAGAAAAGGAGAAAUUGCAGAAAGAAAUUAUGACAACAUCUGCAAAUAAGGAUGAAUCGGUGUUUUUGAGAGAACAACUGCGGAAAACAGAAGAGCAGCUUCAGGCUACAAGACAGGAAGCUGCUUUGCUAUCAGCAGAGCUAAGAGAUGUUGCCAGCGUUCGGGAUAAAACCAUGUCUGACUUGUAUAGCGCUCGUCUGGAGGUUGAUGCUCUGAAAAAGAGCCUAUCUGAGGUUGAAACAGAAUGUAAAACUAAAGAAUUACUUUUGCAGUCUAUGAAAGAUGCAAUGGAGAAGCAUAAAAAGGAAGACAAUGCAUUAAAUAUAACAACAGAGCAAGAACUGCAUAGAGAAAUUGAUGAUUUGAAACUAAGACUUCAGAUGGCUGCUGAACAUUAUAAAGAAAAGUACAAAGAGUGCCAGAAGCUUCAGAAACAAGUUGUGAAGCUUAAAGAACAAGGGGAGGUCAAGAAAACAGCAUCAUCUUAUGUGGUUCAAAAAGAAUCAAUGUGUAAUGAAGCUCCUGGAAUGGAAAUUGGAUCACCAGUCAGCUGUCCUUCAUCAGAAGCUUCACUUGAGACCCUUUUUCAAGAUAAGAUGAAAGUAGCUAGUAAAGAUGCAAAUGACAAAAAUGACAAGUACAAAAAAUGUAAACAAUUGCUUACAGAAGAGAAAGAAAGGAGUCGUGUGUAUGCCGAUGAACUGGAAAAAUUGGAGUUGAAGUGGAAAGAGCAAUGUAAAAUUAUUGAUACCUUAAAACUGCAGGUAGCUGCUGAGGAAGACCGUUACAAGAGUCAAGUAGCUGAAAAGGGAAGAGAAGUCAACAAAUUAAAGGAAAAUUUGGCCUUAGUUUAUAAAGAAAUGGAGAAGCUAGAAGAGGAGCUACAAAGAAAAAUGGAAAGUCAGCCAGACAGAAUUGCUGAAGGUCAGAGUUCCCAUAUUUCUCAGCAGGUCAUCUUGCAAUACCCAGUUCCAUAUUCAGAGGAGUACCUCAUCCAGCCAGUGGAGCCAGCGAGACAACCUGAACUGCAGUUUGGAAAUCCCUACUGUCCCGAGAACACAAGAGAUGAGACAAGUGGUACUUUUUCUCCUAGCAGUAUCUGUAGACCUCCUGUUGGGCCUCCUUCCUGGGAUAACAAUGUGGUCUGCAUUCAACCUGCAAGAAACCUAAGCAGGCCUGAUGGUCUAGAAGAUGUAGAGGAGCUCGUAAAUCUGCCUGAAAUGGAAGCCAAGAAUGGCCAGGGAGUUGCCAGCAACUCACCACAUUCCCUACUUCAGGAUCCUAGAGCUCACUUUUGCUUUGAUUCGAGCAUUGAUGUCCAUAAGAGGUGCCCGUUGUGUGAGCUGAUCUUCCCUCCCAACUAUGACCAAAGCAAGUUUGAGGAGCACGUUGAAAGCCACUGGAAAGUAUGUCCCAUGUGCAAUGAGCAGUUCCCUCUGAACUGUCAACAGCAGGUGUUUGAGAAGCACGUGAUGACCCACUUUGAUGGCAAUGUCCUCAACUUUGAGUAGACGUUUAGACUUUAGGCCUUCGGCGAACGUGUUGAAAUGUCAAAUUUUGCAGAGGUGUCUGUUUAAAUUACACUUUAAAUGUAGCAUAAUGAUUUGUGUGUAUUCCUUUCCUGUUGUAAAUAUGCCCUGUCAGAUGCCCUCUCAAGUAUUCCCUGUGACCACCAUCUGAACUGCAGUACACCAGUACAGGCGUGCAAUUUAUUAUUUGGAUUAAGCUAGAACAGCUGUUAAGGAAAGAUGACUGACUGAGUGUGCGAGUGUGUGUGUGUGUGUGUGUGUGUGUGUGUGUGUGUUAGCGCCUUCACUUACAUAGUAGUUGGUUUAAAUGAAGCGACUGAGUGCUUGUAGUAUCUUCUUAGCAUCUGAGCUUUUAUUGUAUUUGUUGCCGUUGGUCGUAAAGAUUACAUAAUACCAACCAGUUUGCCACUAAAUUUGUAUGUAUUUAACAUUAAGGUUCUAAGUACUUUAUAAAGAACUGGGCAGUUCUUCUUUGCUAAUAUUUUAAAAUGCAUUUCACUUCUUCUACAAUCUUGUUUGAAGCCGUCUGUGAAAUCCUCCAAUGUGUACUUGGACUGGCGACACAUAAGAAAUCUACCAUUGUGCUAUUUUACGCAAGUUUCUGACUUCCUUAAUUUUAUUUGAUGAUAAGUUAGUGUGCAAUGAAAUCUCUUAUUUAAAAAAGAUUGUUACUUUUCAUUAUUUUUUGUUAAUUAAAGAGGGUAGUGUAUUUAAUCCUUCUGUAAAUGCUGGUUAAAAUAAAAAUACAAAAAUGAAUCUUAAAGCAA